AUGACCAAAAAAUCAUCAUCUGGUGGAAUUGCAAAUCGAAAAAAUGUGCUAGCCGCCAAAAACGAGGCGAAAAGCGCGGAUUUUUUGAAAAAUUCGAGAAUUUUGUGUGUUUGUCAAGCAAGAAUUCAUGAACUUGUUAUGAAUUGUUUGGGAUGUGGAAGAAUUAUUUGUAUGCAAGAAGGAAGUGGUCCGUGUUUGACGUGUGGAACAUUGGUUUGUACCGUCGAAGAGAGAGAGGUAAAUAAUUAUGUUUUUGAUAUUUGGGGGAUUGUUAUUAUUGUAAAUUUGAGAAAUUUUGAAGAAUUCGAAUGUAAAUUUGAUUAGUUUUCUGAAUUUUCGAGCGAAUUUUUAACUGAAAUUCCAACUUUCAUUCAAAAAUUUUUCUUUGAAUGAAAAAGUCAACUAUUUAUUGAAAAUAAUAAAAAUUCUAUGAAACUAUUAGUUUAUUUUGAAACAGUCAAUUUUUGAGAUCACAAUUGAACGACCCAUUUCAAUGUUUUAUACAACGCCUCAAGAAUUUCCAGAAAUCUAAAAAAUUAUUAUUUUUCGAAAAAGUUGAUUUUUCGUGACAAAAUUUUCAAGCUUAAAAGCUAUUACAAAACAUUUUUUGAAACAGUAAAUUUUAUUCUAAAAUUUCCGUGCAAUUGACAAAUAUAAAAUAAAUAUUUUAUACUAGAUAAAACAUUUCGGAAUUUCAAAAAACUUAGGUAGUCUCAUGAUACUCAUUCAAAAACAAACAUAUGUUUUUGUAAUUCGAAUUUCAAAUUCAUGGACCACAUUCAAUUUAUCAGACACUGGGAAUUGUUAGAAAAUAAUAUUAAUUUUUUGAAACUGUGAAUUUUUCACUUGAAAACUUCUAUGAGAUUUUUCUAGACUUCAAAACAUUCUCGAAAUCCAUUUCUUAUUCUAUUUCUGAAACAGUGAAAAAUGAUUAUUUUUAGCUCAUCAAUCUUGGCACAAAACGAGGUCGUGAAUUAUUGGAAAAUUUGCAAUCCCGCGGAGGAGCAGCGAGUUCGAAUAACUUGGAAGAUCAGAAUAAAUCAUAUCAGGAUGCAACUGAAUUUAGAGACCGAUUAUUGAGAGCCGAUGCAGACACGUAAGGAUUUUCGAAAAUUUGAAUUUCAAAACCUUGAAGAACUCAAUUUUUCCAGCCAACAUCGAACACGUGUCAAUGAUUUACAAAGUGAUUAUUCGAACGCGGAAAAUAGCCCAUUUUUGAGUUUGGAAGAUCGUGAAGCAUUGAAAAAAAGACGAGAGGAAUUGAGAGAACUUCGAGAAAAAGAAAGAAAACGAUUUGUUGUAUCGAUUGAUUUGAAUGGAGGAAUUGUUGAACAAAAAAAUGCGGAAAUAUCGACUAUUAAUGAUGAUCCAAUUAUUAAUAGGAUUAUUGAAAAGUUUGUGAUAUUUUUGAGAGAGAUGAGGGGGAAUCUAUAAUCAAUAUUUGAUAGACUUUUGAAGUUUUGGAAAACAUUGAUUCCUCUGUGAUGUUAAUGUUCUGAAACAGUGGAUUUUAGAAUAUUUUAUCAAUUAAUUUAGAUAUGCAAAUUCUGAGGUUCUGAAUAUUUCGAUAAACGAUAUUCGUGAAUCAAUUUUUAUUUUCAGAAAGAUUUUAUCAAUAAAAUUAUAUGUGAAAAUUCUGAAACAGUAAUUUUUAUAUACCAAAUUCAAAACAAUAAUAUUCUAAGUAAUUGGAUUUUUUUUAAUGAAACAGGAAUAUUUCACAGAAAGGACGACCCAACAACGGCUGUUUUCCGUGUUUUUUUUUAAAUAAAAAUUUGAAACGUAAAACAUGGGGAAAUUUUUCAGAAGAAAAAUUAAGAAAAUCGACCAGUGAACGGCUAGUCGAAAAAAAACAGAACAUUAUCUUUUUGGUACCACCUGUUGCUUGAGAUUAUUAUUUUCUUGAGGAAUUUGAAUUUUUUAAUAAUUUGAAACAGUAGAUAUUUAUUGAGAAUGUAUCAAUAAAUAUUUUUCCAGUUUUUCAUCCUAAAAAUCGUAUUUUUUCAGAGCCGAUGAUCGUCGACGUGCUCAAGAAACAGCAUUUGCAAAUUCAAAUAAUGCAAGUUGGAGUCCAAUUGGAUUUGUGCCAAAAUACAUUUCCGAAAAUUCUUGCUCAAAUUUCGAGCCAAAAUCUGAUGGAGAUGUAAUUGAUGUGGAAAGUUUGAUGAUUGUUAGCGAUGAAAUUGCAGCACAAAUGACUGAACAAAAAGGAUUUACUAUUGCAUUACAACAACCAAUUGCUACUUUUAUUGUUAAUGGUGUUAUUAAGUGAGGUUUUGGGUGAAACUUUGAUAGUCUUUUAUCGAGGUAAUCACAAAAUCUAGCAUAACAAUGAUUUUCAGAUUUGUUCGAUGGAAAGAGGAUUUAAUGUUGAAGGGACCUUUAUUCAUUGUUUCGAAAACUGGAUCAGUUGAUGAAAAACAAAUUGUGGAAUUCUCGAAAAUGUUUGUUAGAGGUAGGACAUUUUAUUUGAGAAAAUUUUGACUGAAAUUUUUUGAGAAGUUCCGAAAACCUUGAAAAAUAUUGGAAGGGACUAGUUUUGUGAAAAAAAAGUGGAAAUUCUAGUCCCCGGUGACAAAUUUGAAUUUUCACAAAAAAUACUUUUUUUAAAGCUUUUGGGGUUUUUUCGUUCAAAAUUCUGGAGCAGAAGUUUGGUUUUUUUAAAUUUUCAGCGUUAAUUUUGAGAUUGUAAAUUUCUCCGCCAAAAUCUAGAUAUGAAAACGAAUCCCAUAUUUUCCAGACACCUCCCGAAAAGUGAAUACAUUCGAUUUUGCCGAUGGCGCAGUUCUCGGUCGUGCCUAUCUCGAAGACUGUCUUCACAUCUCCGAUUUUCUUGAAAAAUAUGGUUCGAAUUCAAAAAUCCCUGGCGAAGGCGAUUAUCUUCUAAAAUUCACAGUUGUCGAACCAUUGCUCAAAUCAAUUCCACAUAUUCAUUCUACAGAGAAUUCGGGAGAUAUUUAUGAAAUGGAUAGACAAUUGAAGAAAUCAUUGGCAAGGUGGUGAAUAUGAAAAUUUAUUAGAUUUUUUUAUAUUAGAAAUUGAUGAGUUUUAGAUAUUUAUUGGGAGAUAAAAAUUGA